UAAUAAUUUAUCACUUUAUACUUACUGUUCUUGAACCUUUGCGCUAUUUGCGGCGUGACUCACUAGACGACUAAGCACCACUCGACCUUUGCGCAAUGUGCGUUCUAAGCUGUAUUGUUCCACAAACAUUUAAAAACAAUGCAGCCUACUCUACAAACUACCCGGUUAACGCUAGUACCACUUACAGAGGAGCAUCUCCCGCUCAUCAUCCGUCUCAAUGGAUCCCCCGAGGUGAUGCAGUUUAUCGACACCAAGCCGCACACCGCGGACCAAGCUACAGCAGAAUUCCGCGAGCGAAUGAGCCAAGGCCAGCCCAUCCCUGGGCUUGGAGUAUGGGCGGGAUCCAUGGACGGCAAAUUGGUCGGCUGGUGGUCUGUUGCUCCAAUCAAAGCAGAAGAUGGAACAUUCAGUAGGCAAACCGGUCUUUUGGGAUAUCGUCUGCUUCCUGAAAUCUGGCGACAGGGUCUCGCCAAAGAAGGCGCCAAGGAAGUCAUACGCCACGCCUUUGAAGAUGUCGGACUGUUGGAAAUCACGGCAGAAACAAUGGCCAUCAAUGCUGGAUCGCGGGCAACUAUGACAUCGUGCGGGUUAAAGUACGUGCGUACAUUUUACCUCGAAUUUGACGAUCCCAUCCCAGGUACUGAGCUCGGCGAGGUGGAAUACAGGAUAACGCGACAAGAGUGGCAAGGCUAAGCGCUGAUGCAGGUCCCAGUAUUGUAUCUCUACUCCACUAGGCGUCAAUCUUAGGGCGCUGGAAGAUAUUAGUAAUGGGAGAAUAGCUCACUUUAUAGAUCGCAGCCCCCGCAUGAAAAACCUUGUUCAUAGUACGCCUGUUAAUUAAGAAC